AUGGAGGAGCGCCUGGAUCCGUGCAGAUCCAGCACUGGAACAUGGAGGAGCGCUUGGAUCGGUCUCCUCAUGCUGGAGGACGAAAUGCCAACGCUUUACAAUCGACGUCGUUUCGUUACGAUACACGUGACUCGCUCAACCACAACAAAAGUUUAAUAAGCAGCCGACUGCAAAGGAAUUCCUGUGUUGAAUACGGCGUAAAAAUCACUCAGCUAAUAUAUUUAGAGGUGACUGAGCCUAGGUUUACUAACUUCGUGAAAUACGUCAGAGAAAUCCUACAAAGUCUAAAUAACUAGCGCUAUGUAAGGAAAGACUUUUUGGGUUAACAAGGCCCUGUCGGGACUGCACAGCCUUCUGUUGGGGUUGCCAUGGAGGCGUUUGGGAGGCAGGAGUUCCUGCAGUUUCUUGCAGAGGGCUGCAUCGUGCCCACAGUCCAACAAGGUCUGGAGCAGGUAUGGCAACUCCUGCUGGUCUGUCUGCUGGGCCGGAUCGUCUGCAGACUCGGUCUCCCUGCUCAUGUAAAGCACCUGUGCUCACUGGCAGGGGGCAUCUAUGGACUCUACGUGUUCUUUGGGCUGCACAUGGUGUGGGUGAUCGCCCUUACCCUUCUAUCAUUCCUCAUCCUCUUCCUGUGUAGAAGGUCAAGCAGCCGAGGGGUCUUCCUCUCACUUGCCAUCCUCGUCUACUUGCUAAUGGGAGAGCUGCAUAUGAUAGAUGCAGAAACCUGGCAUAAAAUGAGGGGCUCUCAGAUGGUGGUAGCCAUGAAGGCCAUCUCCCUGGCCUUUGACCUCGACAGAGGCGUGGUGUCCUCCUUUCCUACGCUGCCGGAGUUUCUGGGCUACAUCUGCUUUGUGGGAACGAUCAUCUUUGGUCCAUGGAUUAGCUUCACCAGCUACAUAGACGCCAUUGACGGUCGUAAAAUGAAUCCUGCCUGGCUCGGGAAGGUGGCGCUGAGCUUUGGGAAGAGUCAGCUCUGCCUCGUCGUUUCCACCUGCAUCGCUCCCUUUCUCUUCCCGUACUUCAUUCCCCUCUACACCGAUGGGUUACCUCGCAGAUGGCUUCACGCCUAUGAGAACGCGGUGUCCUUUCACUUCAGUAACUACUUUGUUAGCUAUCUGAGUGAGACGACCAUUGUCAUGUGUGGGGCUGGAUUUUCUGAGGACAAGGAUAACCUCAAAUGGGAUAUAACAGUGGCCAGGCCUCUCAAUGUUGAACUGCCUAGAUCCAUGGUAGAAGUGGUCACUUCCUGGAACCAGCCCAUGUCUCACUGGCUGAACAAAUAUGUCUUCAAGAGUGCACUCAAACUUGGCACGUUUCCUGCUAUCUUGGUGACCUACACGGCCAGUGCUCUACUACAUGGCUUGAGUUUCCACCUAGGGGCCGUGUUGUUGUCAUUGGGCUUCAUCACCUACGUGGAACAUGUUCUUAGAAAGAAACUGGCAGCCAUCUUCAGCGCCUGCAUACUGUCGAAGCGCUGCCCAAACGACUGCCCGCAUCUAAACAAAAAGGCUGUGUGGGUGUACGGAAUUAAUCUCUUCUUCAGCGCAUUGUCCAUUUUUCACCUGACGUAUCUUGGCUCUCUCUUCGACCUAGAUGCUGAUGAUGACAAGGGUUAUAUGGCCAGUCACACCAUUCAGAAAUGGUCAGAACUGAACUGGGCCAGCCACUGGGUGAUGUUGGGGUGCUGGAUCUUCUACUGGCUCAUUUAAAGAUGCCCGUGAAGAUGCUAGUCAAGCUGAGUACUUUUUGUGCCAGGGCAGAAGCUCUAAGAUCAAAUCAGGAGCAGAAUAAAAGCAGAUUUGCUUUUCCAAGGUCCUUGAAUUACAAAGAUACCAUAUAAGAUGCCUUAUAUUGAUACUAGUUGUUUAUGCUGAUUCUUGAUAAUUGCUUUGUCUUGGAGAUCUGAGAUCAACAAAAAUGACUACUUUUUUAUUACAACAAGUACCCUUUAUACUGUACCAAAAUAGCUUGUGUAAAGAUAUUUAUUGUUUUCUAAUAAAAAGUAACAGUUUACAAAUUGUGGGAUUGUGAUUUUGUGUGUGGAACAAACAUGCAUAGUAUGUUCACUUGAACCCAGUAUAAGCAAUAAAGUAUCAAAAGUAUCACAACUACAUUUCCAAA